AUGACGCAGGAUACGUAUAUUAGUCAAACUGCCCCCGAAUUUCGUCGGAAGCAAAAUUUCGAGGCGAAUCCGGACAUUGCAAGAAAACACCUGAAGCGUGGGGAGGCAAAUGAACAGAAUUUCUACAAAACCCAGCGCUGGGGCCUUUCAGGAUGCGUCCGCACCUCCGGGUUGUCUUUCCCGGCAUUCCCAACUCUUCUCUGGCUCUGUAACCGCAAGGAGGACAUUCUGAGGAUAAUAAGCCAGGUGGCCCGCGUCUGCGAAGCCCUGCAGGAGAGCGGGGAGUUUGAGCGCCUCGCCCGGUUCUUGUGGUCCCUGCCGCCGUCUCUGGCCCUCCGGCACCCUGAAGGCCUCAGCCGAGCCCAUGCCAACUGCCAUGACUUGGACUUGCUAAGCAACCCGCUUCCCUCAGCCACUUGGCUGGCGCCCUAUUGCAACCAGGCCGCUGCCUACUACCUGGAACCGUUUGCUGCGCUCCGGCCCGGAGACAGGUUUCUGGGGCACCCACCAGACCGCUUGCCUGCCCGGAAGAAGCUCCCGGGUCUGCCGAGGGAUUCCGCCCAAGAGGGGGAACAGAAAGCGAAUGGCUUCAAGGAAAGGACGCGGAACCUGCUACGGGAGUGGUACCUCCAGGAUCCGUACCCUAACCCUUCCCGCAAGCGGCAUCUGGCUCAGGCCACAGGGCUUACUCCCACCCAGGUGGGGAACUGGUUCAAAAACCGCCGGCAGAGGGACCGGGCAGCAUCAGCCAAGCACAGGCUGCAAAAGGAGCCAUCAACCCAGCCUAGAGACUCUAUGAACUCGACUAGAAAUGAGAGCCUAAAUAGCACCUCCUUCCUGUUGGAGGACAGCGCUACGCCCAGUGAGCAGAGAGAACCCACCGCACACACCAGCGAUGAUGAGAACAAUCAAGGAGCAGUGAAGAGCUGGGAAGACUGACCCACCAAGAGGUUCUCUAUUUAGCAAAACGGACUGGAUGGGUUGAGGGAGGGUUUGGGGAGUGAGCAGGCCUCAUAGGCCCUGUUAUCCCAGAGAAUGGAACGGGAAACAGGGUUAAGGAGAGCCAGGUGCAGAUAGGGUGCAUGGCAGAAAUUUAGGGAAUGGAACGGAUUGUUUGCUGGUUUUCUCUGCAUUCCACCUUUCCCUGAGCAGGGCGGGGUGGGUUUUUGCAAGGUUGACAUCCUUUAGAGAAGACAAUCCUGGAGUCUCAUGGCCACCUUUCAAAAAGAUGU